ACUCUCGCCCUGGAUCUCAGACCCAGCCCCGGUCCCAGUCGGUCGGUCAGUCUGUUAGACCGUCAGACCGCCGAGGUCCGGUGACGAGGAGCUGCUGCAGCAGCAGACCGCAGGCGACGAGCGGAGGCGGAAGGAAAAGACGGGGCGCCGGGAAAGAAGACACCAGCCGCGGCUCUCGCAGCGGAACGAGGAUCCGAGUUGUGUGCAGUAGACAAGACAAGAGUCGCACGGCGCGCGGAGGGAGGUCGAGAGCGAGAGCGAGCGGGAGACCCUUCGUCGGACGAAGGACGAAGAAGUGGAAGGAGCGUCGUGGUGGUGUGUUGCGAAAAAUAGCAUAUCGCGCGGACAAUCCAUCGUCUGCUCGUUCAUUCGCAUUGCGAAUCGUCGAACGAAGAGCGAGCGGUGAGCUGCUGCCACUCGCAACUGAACAGGUUCGCAGGACGGAGCGGCGCGGUCACAGGGAAGGUCCUUCGACGGUGGCGGAGCUGAACGGGGCAGCUGCUGCGAUUCAUGCCUAGAGCGGCUGACACUCGCGAGUGGGGAGGAGGAAUUUGUUCGAGGUACACGGCUGUUGAAACCAGAGGCUUGGAUAGGCGAGGAGGUCGAGGAGCAGCGUCGUUUGUCAAAUGUGGUGUAGCGGAUAUAAACGAGCAACACGUCUAGCUCCGCUGCAUGUGAGCGUCGUGUGCAAGUGAGGAGCGCAGGAUGCAAUCUCCGGAGACCAUUGUAGUAGGUGUAAGCUUGGGACAGGAAAGUCAAGACCUUUUGGCUUGGGCGUGCAAUACGGCCGCGCAAAGUGGUGAUCAUAUCAUUGCACUUCAUGUCAUCGACCACAGUGCCAUAAUCGCGAAAGAGUUACAAGAUGGGGGACUUGAGAAGUACAAGUCAAGCGUCGCGUUCGGGUUGACUUCACUUCUGGAUCCGCUCAAAGAGUUGUGUACGGAGAAAGAGCUCACGACGCAGGUGAGGGUUGUAUGUGGAGAGACGUUGGACAAAGUUCUCGUUGAAGAGGCCGCCGCACUGGGCGCAACUCUUCUCGUUCUCAGCACAUCUGGUCGACGUGUCGCCCCUUGGCGGAUACAGGGCACAGCAAGCUACUGCUCAAGGCACGCAGCUCCUGGCUGUUCGGUUGUCGUUGUGAGCAAUAAGAAAAUUUUGCUGUAUAAGGAACAUCGCCAAAAGUUAUCGUACGAUGGCAGUGUUGCUCUGCUGACCGAAGAUAUGCAGGAGUUACUCGCGAAGUCGAGAUACAAAGGAUUGGAAGCUCCGUUUUUUGGACCGGCUCCAAAACAUUCCUCCAGACAGUCAUCUAAGCAAACGUCGCCCGUGAAAGCUUCGUACUUUGAUCCCGCCAGGGAUUCAUUCAGCACUUCCAGACUAUUCAAAGAUGCGUCACCCUCGAAAUGUUCCCUAAUAGAAUCUGGUCGAGAGUCGUUUAGUUCUUCCAAGGUCCACUCCAAGGAGGUCAAGUGUACGAUGUUCGAACUCGGGCGAGACUCCGUCGAUAGGGCGAGCCCAAUCAGUGGAUGCGAAGAGCACCACGCAGAAAUGUUGUCACCGAGGAAUGUUUUAGAUGGGCCUGGAUCUUUUGCUGAUUCUUGCACAAGUUCACCCUCAGGUAGUUAUAACCCUGGCAGCUGGUCACCAUCCAAUGCCAGGAAGUCACUUCUUUCCCCUCUGUCCUCCAGCAGCGAAGAAGCUCGGCACUCUGUAUCAGAGAGGCAGCAGAAGCCAUGCCUGACACUUUGGAAGAAUAUGUCUAUGAGAAGAUGGCAUACGUUUCCAUCCACCAAUCAAAAAGCUCCUAAAAGAAGCCCUUCGAAUUUUUUGGCAACAAGCGUGCUCAAGCUCUGUAAUGGCCCUACCCCGUUGAGUCCGAGCCCCAGCAUGGACAGAGACCAAGCUGGUGCCUUGCUGUGUUCAGCCUUGAGUGACAAGCCUCAUUGGAAGUUUUUCACUUUUGAGGAGCUAGCGAUUGCCACAGAUAACUUCAAUCCAGGCAAUAUCGUGGGGAAGGGUGGUUACGCGGAGGUGUACAGAGGAAGCCUUUCUGAUGGAAGUACGAUAGCUGUAAAGAAACUGAUUAAAGGUGACACCGAGGAGGAGAAGGAGACUUUCUUCUUGACUGAACUCGGAAUUGUAUCUCAUGUCAGUCAUCCUAAUACGACGGAGAUAAUUGGUUUCUGCAUCGAGGGUGGACUGCACCUAGUGUUCCACUUUUAUCACCAUGGAAGUCUUGCAGCUUUUCUUUACGGUGUACAACCCCAAGUGCUGGAUUGGGCUGUCAGGUUCAAGAUAGCUGUAGGUGUGGCGAGAGGUUUGCAUUACCUUCACAGGCAAUGUCCUAGACGAAUCAUUCACAGGGACAUUAAGGCUUCAAAUAUCCUUCUUGGGGAGGACUUCGAACCUCAGAUUUCUGAUUUCGGAUUAGCAAAGUGGCUUCCCGAAUUGUGGACCCAUCAUACUGUUACACCUGUUGAAGGCACCUUUGGUUAUCUGGCACCGGAAUACUUCAUGCAUGGGUAUGUGGACGAAAAGACGGACGUUUUCGCGUAUGGAGUUUUGUUAUUGGAACUGAUUACGGGUCGGCGAUCAAUCAACGCUGCUCAACAGAGCCUUGUUAUGUGGGCGAGGCCAUUGCUGGAUGCGGAGAAUGUCCAGGAGCUUGUGGACCCGAGACUUGCGGGUGCUUUUGAUUCAGAAGAAUUGCACCGAGUUGUACUUGCUGCUACUUUGUGUGUAAGACAGUCAUCUGUGUGGCGUCCGUGUAUGAGCCAGGUUCUCAGUUUGUUGGUCGAUGGAGAGCUUGAAGCGGACUUGCCUGACGCCGUGGACUUUCUAGCUCGGAAAUCUAGCGAAUGUGGGGGAGAUUCAAGUCGGUUUGGUGAUAAUUAUAGCAGUGAUAACUACUCAAGUGACAUGCACCGCCAUCGAGCCUUGGCCCUAGAAUUUUAAUCGGUAUUUUCGAGGGAUUUCGCAGGUUUAACAAAAUGUACGCGAAUGGUGUAUCAUAGCUCAAGCCACUGAUUGUACACUCCCAACUCGUUAGCUUUCCCCACAAGUAAGAGUCAUUUGUAUUCAACACAGAUCUUUAUCAACCCUACCUGUGGACGUCGUACUGUCUGCUCACAGGUGAUAAUCCUGUCACCGUAUAGAUGUCCACAGCCUGGAGGUUGUCGUUGACUGCGAAAUUCAUUUACAGUCUACUAUUUGCGGGAUUAGAAUUCAAGUUUUGUGGCAGAAGAGGUUAUCCGUGGAAAUAAGCUCCACACUUAAAAGAGCCUCCACAAGUAUAUGCACUUUUAGAUAGCGUGUUACGAAAGGAUUUAGGUUUUAGACUGUCAGUUCCUGAUAGCUGACGAUAUGCAGUGUGCCUCGCAGCUUUCAGUUAUUUCAUGCCAUGUACUUGAAUUGUGCUCUAUGCUUCUGAAUCGUACUGAGUAUUUUUGUCGUGUCACUCUUGGGGAUUCACAGCCCUCCGUUUGGGUAUCCCCCUGUUAAUAUCAAACUUCGAAGACAACCACAUAUAUU